GGGGUCCGCCGCAGUCUCCCCAGGUGGCAACAGGCGCAGGGGUGCAGCGCCGCCACCGGACCACAGCUGUGCGCGCAGCUGCAGCCAGCUGCAGCCCCGGCCAUGGCCGCCGUCGGCGCGGGCCGCCCGCUCGCGCCCCUCGCGCUGACCGCCGCCCUGCUCCUGGCACAGCUGUGCGCCGGCCGCGGCGACCCGGACGCCUGGGACCCCUCCGCCGUCACGCCGGCCGCGGCCGGCGGCGCCUCGCAGAUGCUGCUCUUCAGGGAGGCGACGGCGCGGGUGCUCGAGGCCGCGCACGGCUGGAUCAACUGCCUGCUGUCCGCCCGGCCGCGGCCGCCGGCCGAGAUCGUCCAGUGCACGGAGCAGGCGCUGCCGCUCGUCGGCGACGUCCUGGCGGCGCUCAGCACCGCCGGCUGGGCCAUCCGCUACAAGAGCCCCGACGAGGUGGACGGCAUCCGAAGGAUCAUCCAGAGGAUAGCGGACAUCCGGACGCAAGUGCACAGCUGCGUGGAGGGGCUCGCAGCGCACCUGCAGGUGUCGGGCAGAUGCUACACGGUUCUGUAGCCGCCACCGCGGUGGCCCCCGCCGCCCAUCAGGACACAAUACCCGCGCCAGACGCCCCUCGUCAUGCGCCGUGGGCGGCGCUGCGCGGCACGGCGCGUCGGGCCGGGGCGGCGGCGGGCGGCGCCCGAAAAGCACCGCGUCCUCACGCCUAAACUUUGCGUGGCACACCGGCGCGGCGCGAGCUCUCAAAUCACCUCGACUCAUCGAUGGGGCAACAGAUUUCUAAUUUAAAAAAAAUAA